AUGCAUGCUUGUCCGACUGCUUGCGGUGGAGGAGUUGAACCUGGCAAGGAGUGUGUGAAGGUUCUUAACGAAUGGGAGAUCCGGAUGCUUCAAGAUUGGCUCUACAUGACGCACUCAGAGGCCAAGGCUGACAGACCUGAAUCCAUGGGUGCAGAUCCAGCUAGCACUGAGAAUAAAAAAGGAGAUGGAUGGGACAUAGAGGAGGAUGGGCGGGACAUCUUGUCGUACCCGAAAGACUCCAAUCUCUGGAUCCACGGGCGUAUCGAAAGAUUGAAUGAUGUCUUUGAAAAAAACCAAAACGUUGGCAAGUUCUUGGGUAACUUGCGCAGCCUUACCAGCAUCAUUACUGUGGAUCCUAAGUGGGAAGACAUCGAGGAUAUUACGAAGGAUCUCUGGCUCGGAAAGAUGAACUGGAGAGAGUUUGUGAACAGCUUGAGGAGGUUUGAAUCUUUCUGA